AUGGCUUCUAAUGUUUAUUCGGAUCAAAUCUUGAAAAACAAUAGCUUUGAUCUUCCUUGUCCAUCUCCAGACUCCAACGACAUCUGUAAUAACUCCAUUGAGAAUCAAAUCAACCCCACCAAUCACCCAAUCCCCAUUUGGAAUCAAUUAUCAGUAGACAUUUCCAGCUUCGAAAUUAGCCAAGAAAGCCUUGCAGAGACCAAAGAUGUGGGCUUUCUUGAUCAACAACCAGGUGGCGUCUCUGCACUGGAAGCUGAUCCUGAAAAUGGGAUAUCAGUUGAUCAUGAAACAGAUCUUUCUCUUCAAUACCAAGCAACUGAUCAUACUAGAUCAUUUGAUCAUGGUACGAAUCCAAACCUGGAAGAGCAGCCUUCUACGAAGACAAAAGGCUUCUUCACACUAGCCUUGGAAGUUUUUAAAAAAUAUACUUCAAUUAUCCUCCUUUUCUGCUGCGCCACACUUUCCAUUGUGAUCGACGUUAAAAGGAACGGUGCAGAAGGAGCAGUCUUUGAUGCUGUAGUUACGUACCUGGCCAUACUCACAGUUGUCUUCUUCGGCGCCAUUGCAAGAGUUUGCAAGAGGAACCAAAGAAUGAUCGAGAAGUUGUCAAGGAUCAAGUUGAUGAGACCAACAAUUAAGCACUUUUUGUUGGAGUCAUCAAAUGAGGAGUCGAAGUUGCAAAGCUCUAUUAAUACAACCUAUUCUCGUUUGGAAAAGAUUUGUUUGAGCCUGUCAUUGCUGCUUCUUGUAGCGCAGGUACUCAGAUGCUUCCUAUUGGAAUCAGGGUGGUGUGACGAGAAUCAUAACCCUGAUCCCAAAGGUGUGAAGAACACGGUGGAGGAGAUGAUGAGCGAAGCCACAAAAAUUAUCAAGAAGCAAGAACGUGUAAGGGUUAAUAGAUUGGUUUCUAUGCUCUGCAUAUUGGUCUUUGCAACAAGAGAUGGCUUGCCUCUAGGAAUUUCCAUCUCUUUGGCAUAUGCAUCUAUGAAAAUGAUGUGGUCGCAUCGAGCCAUGGUCAGGAAACUUCCAGCAUGUGCCACAAUGGGUUUGGUCACCACCAUCUGCACCGGUAAAACGAUUGAUCUAGCUCUGCAGCAUAAGAAGAUGGCGGAUUUGUGGAUCGGUUUCAACAAUAUCAAGGAAGUUUCAACUGAAGUAGCAAGUGAAGUCCUUGAUAAGUUGAGGGAGGGAGUGUCUAUGAAUAUGAUCAUGACUCAAACUAGCCCAGGAGAGGAUGCUGCUCUUCUUUGCUGGGCUCAGCAAGUGCUUGGCAUCAACAUGGAGGAGUCGGAUCGAAGUUGCACCAUCCUCCAUACUCACGCUUUUGAUCUCAGCAAGAAUCGAAGGGGCUUAUUGUUGAGGAGAAAUGGUGAGGUUGGCGGUAAAGCUUUGCAUGUGCACUGGCAAGUAGACCCUGAGAUGGCACUAUCCAUGUGUUCAGAAUAUUAUGACGUUGAUGGAACUAUGCAAACCCUAGAUGAAGACAAAAUGGUAGUUUUUAAGAAAAUCAUUGAAACUAUUUCCUCAGAGGGUCUCCAGUGCUUUGCUUUUGCAUACAAACAAAUUAUCGUACAAAAGAAAAAGGAAUCCCUGAAACUUGAAGAAGAAGAAGAAAUCCUCAAACCCGUAGAGUAUGGCUUAACCUUAUUGGCCAUAGUGACCUUGAAGAACCCUUAUACACCGCAGGUGAGAGAAGCAGUCAAAGGUUGUAGAGAAGCAGGAGUUAAGAUCAAGUUAGUCGUGGGUGAUGAUCUAAACACAGCCAGAAUCAUGGCCAUCAACUCCGGAAUUCUUAGUCCUGAAGAAGACAUUCAUGGAGCAAUAAUCAACGCCUCUGAAUUUCGAAGCAUCUCUGAGGAAGAACGCAAGAGCCUGAUCGAUAACCUCCGCGUGAUGGCCGACACCACCUCUUCUUCCGAUAAAUUAUUAAUGGUGCAGUGCUUGAGACAGAAUGGCGAGGUGGUGGCAGUCACCGGAACGUGCACUAGAGACGCUCCGUCCCUAGUCGAAGCCGACGUCGGGCUUUUUCUCGGUCAUAUUGGUGCAGAAGAAGCAGAGGAAGAUGUGGACAUAGCUGUCUUGGACAUGGAUUUCUUGACAAUCUCUGCCCUCUUAAAGUUGGGAAGAGGUGUCUGCAACAAUCUUGAGAAGUUCUUACAGUUCCAGAUGACUUUUAACAUUGUUGCCUUCACUUUGAAUCUCAUUCUUGAAGUUUGCACAAGUGAAAUGCCAAUAACACCAUUUCAGCUCCUGUGGGUAAACCUAAUUAUGGAUGUUCUUGGUGCCUUGGCUUUGGCCACCACAUCAAUGGCGGCGGAGCCGCCGCCUUCUCAGAUUCGACUAGAGAGACCGCCGCCACCAGUAUAUGGUGCUGGCGGUUCAAUCUUUACCCAGAGAAUGAAGAGAAACAUAGCUGUUCAAUCUUUGUUCCAAGUCACUCUUCUAUUGAUUCUGCAUUUCAAGGGAAAAUCUAUUCUCCAGGUGGACGAGACCACAUUAGAAGCUUUAAUUUUCAACUCCUACAUGCUUUGCCAAGUCUCUGUACUGAUCAACACAAGAGAGAUUGACAAAACUAAUGGUUUUGAGGGGAUGUUUAAGCAUAAGAACUGUGGGUUUCUUGUCCUUGUAGGAGCCAUCGUUGUCCUGCAGCUGGUAGAGAUUGAGUUGGCUGCGGUUGUUGCUCAUUCAGCUAGGGGGUGGUGGAAGGGAGAGGGUGGCUGUGGGGGGUGGGACAGGGAAGUUGUGGCAAAAGAUAUAGAAGGGCAGAUGGGGAGGAAGGGGUUGUACUUGUAUAUGGUGAAGGAGUGUAAAAUUGGUAUCCUAGAAUGGUUUUAG